AUGGAGGUCAAGGUCUUGGAGUACAUGAGGCAGCAGAAUCGGCCCUACAACGCCCAGAACGUCUUCGACAACCUCCACGGUGCUGUGCCGAAAGGCUCGGUGCAGGCGAUUUGGGUUCCGAACGAUCGGGAGGGCUCGCUCGGGAGUUUCACCCGAUCAGAAUCAGUGUGCUGGUUGAGCAUCAGAUUCUUCCACCCCCUUGAUCUCUGCGAUUCAGGAGAUCUGUGGGUUUCCAGUGGAAGAUGGCAGAGCACGAUGGUUUCUGCAGGUCUCGUCUCCCCGCUGGGUGGGCGCCCACAGCUGUUCACAGCGGACAGGUAA